AAACUGACAGAAAAUACUCAAGAAAAGAAGUUAUCAAAUAAAGGAAAUAUUUCGAAACUGCAAUUUCACAACCAAAAUGAUGAUCUUAUAUUAACGUUAGGCAAAAAAGAAUUUUCUCACUACGAGCAUCAGAAUGUUUUCAUCAAAAAUAAUGGCGAAUGGUUACGCGAGUACGAUAAAGAAUUGGGAGAUUUUGAAGGAAGAUUAUUUGAGUUUCCAAUCAACUUUGUGCCAAGUUAUCCGUUUCAGGAAGAUAUUAACGAACCUGUAAAUUAUAUGCAAACAAGAGUGCCAGCUUGGUGCGAUCGGGUUUUAUUGAGCCCCACUGCAAAAACGCUAGUACAAGAAAUUGGUGAUUCCAAGGCAGUAGAAUAUGGUAUAAUCGGCCCAAAUAUGUGCAUGGGUGAUCACAAGCCAGUCUACUUGAAGGCUACUCUCGUCUCGGAUGCAGGUAUGAUAGACUGCUGCAACUUGCCAAUUGCAUCUGAGUUUUGCUUUCGAGUGCCCAACAAUUACCUGGAGUUGUUGUCUAUGUUGCCUGAUUGUAAUAGUUACUCUAAUGCGUGCUCAGAUUCUAUUUCAUCUAAUCUGUUGCACGCAAUACCUGUUAAGCAUGAUCCUUACACGCCAGAUAGUAUGGACAGUCCGAGUCCGAACGCGUUGAUGACUUCCGGAGAGGUUCAAGAUCUAUAUACGGAUCACAUCGACAGCAACGUUGGCGGUGACAAUGCAACGUCAAUGCUGCGAUCGACUCAGACAUCGAACACAUCAAGGCGACACAUUGAUCGAGCUGUAUCGCCGGCUUUAUUGAAAUCUAGAUUAGAACUGAUUGUGCAAAAUAAGAAGCAUGAGAACGCGGAUCUGGAAGUAGACGCCUCCGACAUCAAGAGAAGUCCUAGCGAGUGCCAUUUGCGUUCCUGGUCCGAUGCUGACGAUCAAUGGUGCGUAAGAAAAAACAGAUGCAACAGCGAUGUGUCGUGGCAACGAUCUCACGUUUUGACAGAAGCUUGGGUCCAAAGUAAGGGGCAGCAGGGUUAUCAUUCCUUCAGUAAUUUUGCGAACCGAUCCUCCUCGAACUCGAGUCCUCCGGACAUCGUCGAUGGAUUACCCUCUGAUUUAAUCAUACCGCGAAUAGCAAUAAUAAACGCGAGUAACUUCGAGUCGAACGCAAGCUCUACGUACUUUCACGACGACAGAUUGAGUAAUUAUUCGGAAAACAAACUGAGCACAUAUUCAGACGGCCGCACAAAAACACUGAGUGGCGAUGCUAUAAGUUCAGAAAAGUCAGAGUUUUGUGACAAGACAGAUGAGGAAGAAGGCAGCAGGUUGAGCUCAAGUAUAGAUAGAAUAGUAGGGAAGGAGAAUAGUGCAUAUUUGAAAAAUCAUAACAAAUUGGUAUCAAAUAAAAACUUGUAUUUCGCAGAGGAUGAUAGAAAAUUUAUCGAGGAUGAAUGCGAUAUGUGUAAAGAGACAAAAUGUCAAAUAGAAGCGCAAGCUAUCGUGAGGAACACAUUUUAUGUGCAAAGUGACAUUGUUCCCGGUAGAAUGAAUGAUAAAUUGACCAUGGAACAGAAUAUUUCAGAUGAACCUUCUUUCAAAAACACACAGUGCACCGAAAUUUUAUUGGAAAAUCAAUCGAGUUCUUUGCAGACGUUACGAAGAAGACGUGAAAAAAUCGACAUAAAUCCGGAUAGAAUAAACGUGGAAACCAUCGAUACAUCAUACAAGACUGAGACGCAGAUAGAAUCUCUUAAAAAUCAAGAUUACGAUAGUCAUGUGAUGAAGAUAUGCCCAGAUAUACACACGGUAAGUCACGACGCAGAAAUUAUAAGUUGUGAAAGUAAGCAAAAGAUGUACACCUCGAAGAAUACAACGAGAAGUAAUUCAGCGCACAGUCAGGAUAUCAGUGAUCACGCAGGGAACGUUAGAUUAAAGUUGAAAGCUUACAAAGUUACUGAACGAUAUAAGAGCAACAUUAUGGAAAGGCGGAGUAGAUGUAGAAAGUGUUGUUGUGUGGUAUCCUGA